GAACACGUGGUGAAGUGAACAGAUCAGAUCCUGCACACUCACACACAUUAACACACCAAAUACUCACAUCCAGCAUGAAACCCGGAUUCAGUCCGCGUGGAGGCGGCGGCGGCCGCGGUGGUUUCGGAGGACGGGGUCGAGGUGGAGACAGAGGUGGAGACCGAGGAGGAUUUAGAGGAGGAUUUAGAGGAGGGAGAGGAGGAGGAGGUGGAGGGUUCAGAUCCCCGGGUGGCGACGGCGGGUUCAGAGGGGGGAGAGGAGGAGGCCGUGGGACCCCCAGGGGCCGCGGUGGACGUGGUGGGUUCGGCGGAGGACGCGGCGGGUUCGGAGCAGGAAGGAAAGUGACGGUGGAGCCACACAGACACGAAGGCGUGUUUAUCUGUCGGGGUAAAGAAGACGCUCUGGUGACCAAGAACAUGGUGAUCGGGGAGUCGGUGUACGGAGAGAAGAGGUUCAGUGUGGAGGAAGCAGAGACGAAGAUCGAGUACCGCGCCUGGAACCCGUUCAGAUCCAAACUGGCCGCCGCCAUCCUGGGCGGAGUCGAUCAGAUCCACAUCAAACCCGGAGUGAGGGUGAUGUACCUGGGAGCAGCGUCCGGGACCACCGUCUCUCACGUCUCGGACAUCGUCGGGCCGGAGGGGCUGGUGUACGCCGUGGAGUUCUCACACAGGUCCGGCCGAGAUUUACUCAACGUGGCUAAAAAGAGAACCAACAUCAUUCCCAUCAUCGAGGACGCGCGGCACCCACACAAGUACCGCAUGCUGGUCGGGAUGGUGGACGUGAUCUUCGCCGACGUGGCUCAGCCCGACCAGACGAGAAUCGUGGCUCUAAACGCUCACAACUUCCUCAAGAACGGCGGCCACUUCGUCAUCAGUAUUAAGGCGAACUGCAUCGACUCGACGGCGCCCCCCGAGGCCGUGUUCGCCUCCGAGGUGAAGAAGAUGAGCGCCGAGAACAUGAAGCCGCAGGAGCAGCUCACGCUGGAGCCGUACGAGAGGGAUCACGCCGUCGUGGUCGGCAUCUACAGGCCGCUGACCAAACAGAAGAAAUGAAGCGACUGAUGCUUUUUGUUGUUUUUUUUGGACCUUCCCCUCCCUCACUGCUCCGUCUGCUUAUCUCAGGAGGGUUCAUAGUGUUGCUUCUGCAGGAGAGGAACUUCCCUUCAGCAGCUACCAGUGGAACGUUACUCCUCAGCGAGCUUCAUCAGGGCUCGUGGUACCACAGGAACCCGUUUAGUGAAGUUCUGAUCUGUAUUAUAGUCACUUCUGACGUGAGAACUGAGCUCGACGUCCGUGUGAAUGAUUAUGAUUUAUUUUCUUCUAUGAUGUUUAUGAUAGUAAAAAUAGCUUUCUGUUGGUCGGGUUGGUCAUGUGACUGUACAGACUUAUCUUUUUUUAUUAAAAAUCUCUAACGUGUG